UUUUUUUUCCUCUUCUACAGAAGCAAACAUGUUCUAUUCAGAGGCCAUCCUCUCCAAGAAAGGGCCUCUUGCCAAAGUUUGGCUUGCUGCUCAUUGGGAACGUAAAUUAACCAAGAACCAAACUCUUCAGACAGACAUCAAUAACUCAGUUGAUGCUAUUAUGGGGAGCGACCAGGCACCUAUGGCACUUCGUCUCUCGGGUCAACUACUGCUUGGUGUUACAAAGAUUUAUUCACGCAAGACAAAAUACCUUCUUGAGGACUGUAAUGAGGCCUUGGUCAAAAUCAAAGUAUCUUUCAAGUCCGAUGCCCUCAACGGUGAUGGUAACUUACUGAUGCUCGAUGGCAACACCUUGGAUAUCACUGGAGAUCAUUCUAAGGCCACAGCAGCAGCAUUUAAUGCUAUUACGGUCCCUGACGCCAUGACAGAAUUUGACUUGUUGCUCCCAGCCCAAACUAUUGAUAUUGGUGCCUGGGGCUUGAAUGACAAGAUGAACAAUCUCUCAGGCCUUCGGGAUAUCACCCUUGAGGGAAGCAAUGAGGACAACUUACUCACUGGCAACUACCACUUGUUUGAUCAUGGACAUCGCCACGGAUUAGAUAUUGAAGUAGGAAGGAACCAGAUGAAUCGAAAUGGAGGUCGUGGAUAUGACGCCAUGGAUUUUGACCUCGGAGGCGUAGAUGAUACCCUGGACUUGGAUAUGUUGGGUGAUGCUGAAGAUUUUGAUUUCUUGAAGCGACCUCAUGGUCACAAUGAUCUUGAGAUUGAAGUAGGCCGUGAUGCAGCUGUGACGCGUCGUUCUGCCAGUGUGGAUCCAUUUGGUAUGCUCCCCUCCGUCGAUAAGGGGCUACGCCUUGGAGAAGACUCUGAAGACGGCCGUGCACCUAGUGUUCAUGGUUCGGUCCACGACUUGCCCGCGCUCGAUGACUUUAUACCAGCGCCGGAUGGUGUCCGCGGGCCUGUCAACUUUGAAAUUGCAAAGGGUACAGGGCAUGAUCAGCUGCAAAACCAACAGCCAAAGGAGGCUAUUGUUAAAAAGCGUAAGCUAAUUGUUGAUGAAGAGACCGAGAUGUCUCAGGAACUUUUAAUGGGCACAAAUGCAGACUUGGUGGCGGAUGGAUUAUUGACGACACAUGAAAUGCUUCCCCGAUCUCGAAAGCUGCUGCGACUACAACAAAUUCAACAAGAUGCUGCUCAUGGUGGUCUCGCAGGCUAUCUUUUGGACUGCACUGCUGGUCCUCGCGUGAUGGGAAGCGCUUUGGUUCCUGAGCUGGCGAGUAUGUUUUCGAGACGACUUCAAAUUGUUCCAACUGAGACACCGGUAGAGGAUCGCCCUGUGGCUGACGCCCAAGCCGAAAGCUCCAUGUGGCAGCAAGAUCAGGUUGAAAGUUGGGUAGACCAAGUGCAGGAUAAUGAACUUGAUUUCGGUGUUCACCAGACAUCACCGCCUCCAGCAGAUAUUUUCGACGAAGGCUUUCAACUGGAUUCCCCACAAAAGGAUAUACAGGCACAGGCGCAGGCUACUGAAGCCGAUGCUCAUUCCGAACUCGCUCCUACGAAGACUUCGUUGUUUGAGGAGAUGGAAGAGACAGCUGCACCAGUAGCCACGACAAAGCAACUACUUGGAACAGUGUUUUCGACGUCGACUAUUCAGACCAUGCGACUCGUUCAACAAGGUAUUGAAUCAAAGAAGAACCAAGAUCAAGGUGGCGAGGUUAGUAGCGAGAUCAGCGCCCGUACGACGCGUACAUCCAGUGUGGCAACAGCUAGCUCUAGUUUGAAUAAGAAUAACUCCACACGAGUGACAUUCUCAGAGCUGAUGGCAGGGCCCAACAAGAGUCAACAAAAGCGGAGCAGAGCUGAUGCGGCCAAACUCUUCUUUGAGCUGCUGGUACUGUCAACCAAGGAUGUUGUAAAAGUGAAGCAGGAGAAGAGCUUUGGAGAGAUUGCAAUCGGAGGCAGUCCCUGGUUAGAGACUCUGGUGGAGGCAGACGCCAACACAGCCGAAAUUGAGGCACAGGCAUAAAACAAAGAAACAAAAGGCCGUCGAUCAUUUUACUCUAUUAUUAUUAUAUUUUUUUAUCGUUAUUAUUAUUAUUCACUUCUCUUGUUGAUAUUCCAAUGUCUUUUUCAAAUAAAAAAAUCCAAUGACU